GAUUUGAGGCUAUUGUUUCUGAAACAGCUAAACCAGUUACUAACUGGGCAUGCCGAAAAUCAGGCGGCAAUAGCUUGUUAUUCAAAAGCAAAUUUAAGCAAUAUGUAAGCAUUAUCAAGAAUACAAAAAAAUUUUUGUGGAGCAAAAUCUCCAAAGAAAUCUUAAACUCUGAUCGGGAUCUAUACAUGUGUGGUACAUACAUCCCACCUGAAAAAUCGAAGUACUUUGAAAACAAAAUUUUUGAAGAACUUGAAAAUGAUCUUGUCCUUUUCUCAUCCAAGGCAAAUAUACUUCUUCUUAGUGAUCUAAAUGCUAGAACAAGCAAACUCCAAGAUUAUAUUUCAAGUGAUGGAAGUAAUCACUUUCAAGACACUAGUGGUAACUCUUUUCGACCACCACAAAGAAAAAACAUUGACUCAACAACCAAUAAUCAUGGUAAAAAAAUUAUUGAAAUUUGCAAAAGUACUGACAUGAGAAUUCUUAAUGGUCGAACCAAUGGUGACUCCUUGGGAAGACCAAGUUUUCAUAGUAAAAAUGGAACCAGCUCAGUUGAUCAUAUCAUUUGUAACCAAAACUUAAUGCCAAAAGUUAAACAUCUAGUUGUUAAAUCCCCUAACUAUCUAUCUGACCAUAGUCAAGUUAUAACCUGGAUUAACUUACACCAAACCACUAACACUAUUAAUAAUACUCCCUUACAACCCCCAAUAUCAAAAUUACCAAAACAAUAUAUAUGGAACAAUAAAUCAAAUGAGAAUUUUAAAAAAGCGUUAAAAUCAGACGAACUACAAGAGAAACUAAGCACAUUCCUUGAAAAUGAUUUCUCUUCUGACAGAGAGGGCAUAAACAAAUGUGUCAAUGAAUUUCAAAACAUGAUUAACCUUGCAUCCAAAAAUCUCUUAAAAUUAAAAAGAAGAAAUAUAGACGGAAAACUAAUAAUGUUGCAAACAAAAAAUG